AGGAGGACGCGAUUUAGAACUCAAAAUUUUGGCCCAACAUAAAGAGAUAGAAAAGUGAGUGAGGCAGUUUAUUGCAAAAGAUUAGGUCAAAAAUGGAGAAGGAGAAAGAGGUGAUGGAGGAUCGCCGACGACGCCCGGUUAUGGUUGUGAAGGUAAGUCAAGAACAUGUUUGUCAUCUGCGUACUUUCUUUGAUGUGGAGCAAAUCAUCGUUAUGAACUGUUUUGAACCCCUUAGCGGUGUUAAGCGAAUCGAACGCAACGAUCAAGGUUUUACUUUCUAUUUCAACAGUUUAGAUCAUGCUUCGUGUCUUGUGGAAUAUAUAAGGGACAUAGUUCCCUCUAAGAUUCAUUGUCAUCAGAUUCCUUCCGAGUGUAGUUACAAUUUUUUUGUUGAAAUCGUCCCCAUUUGCUGCGGGGAUUUGAUUUUUCUGCCUCCUGAUGUUGCUGCUUCGUUCGGUGCAAAUAUUGUCAUAUGCACUAGGGUUGCCAAAAAAAUUACUACUUUGCUUGAUCCAUUUACCUUGACCGCUUUUUCCUUAAAGGCUGAUCACUACUGGAAUGCACCUUUCACGCAUUCAUUCAAUAGGACUCAGUUAGUCAAAUAUUUUGUUCUCAAUAUUGUCCUCCAAGAGGAUGGGGAGGAGAUUGCUGCUGAUUCUUCUACUGCUGCUAAAAAAUACCGUUUAGCUGAUGCCGUGGUUGCUCGUGUGGAAAAUUUUGGAAAUAAUGACACAACUUUUCAAAUCAGGACUCAUCUUGGUCAUAUUUUAAAAUCCGGUGACUAUGCUCUUGGUUAUGACUUGUCUGGAGGAGGAGCUAACACCAACAUCAUCAAUGGCGGCUACUUGCCUGCUGCAAUUUUGAUUGCCAAGACUAAUUGUGAUGAUGGAUCAGUUGUUAUUCCGGAUAAGUGGCAAUCUGAUUAUCAACUCUUCUUAGAAGAUCUAAGACAAGGCCCUCAUCUCACCUUCAACGCAGCAGCAAUGUACCGAAAUCAACCCAACCACAACAAGACUAAUCUCAUCUCUGUCAAGGCCGCCAAAGAGGCCCAGGCCUCUGCAAGACCAUCUUGUCCAUUGGAGACGUUGCCGGAUUAUAUAGUUACAAGCUUAAACAAAAGUUGAUGUUUUGUUUGUUCCAAUAACAAGAACAAUGCUUUUCAUUUAGUAUGUUCUUUCAAUUUGAAACUUCUGUUUCAGGGUAUAUGUUUAUGUUUAUUCUAAUAGCAAGAACAAGUUAUGUGUUUUGGUCGUGUUUCCCCGAACCAUGCCUACUGUCAUUAUAUUCAGCAUUUCACCCCAUCCUGCAUAUCUACUUCCUGUCUUCUAUGUGUUACAAUAGAAAUCUUACUUAUGUACUAAAACAGUUAACCAUCUAAUAUGCAUUGGUUUGAUUUUCUAUGCUAUGUAAAUUGUAAAUUUCUGUUUCAUAAAUCUUAUUACAGUUUUUAGUGUAGUAUU